AUGAGCGACAUUCAAAACGGAGAGCUCAUGAAGCGGGACCAGACCAGCCAAUCACCCACUGUGGCGGAUAGCACCACUACCACUGGGAACGGACACCUUACCGUCAGUCGGAGACUGGAGUUGGACGUCUUCUUGCCCUGUCGCUUCCAUCCAUCCAUGAUCCAGCUCCCGUCCUUGCUUCUCCACCCAACCUUGCCGUCCUCGUCGCUUCCGUCGUUGCCUGGAUCCUCCCAGCUGGACGCAGAACCGUUUGACUCUUGGCCUCUUAUGCCGCUUUGCAGCCGGAGCUUGGAUCUUACGUCGACGACCUUUGCGCACCUCGUGCCAACUUGCGACAAGCUUCGGCGACCUAGGUUUCCCGACCCCUUCAACCAACAUCACGUCACUUCGUUUGGGAUCCCCAUCCAUAAAGUUGGGCGCAGCCCCAGAUCACACCACCUGUGUCCCGACUAUCAAACGUCUGCGACCACACAGCUGCGAGGCGAAGCCAGCAAUAUGCCUUUGGCAGCCGUGAACUUACCUGCCUCCCUCGACGACGUCAGAGUCAAGAAGCUUCCGCCGUCCUCUUACUACAUUGCGGACUUCAUAUCAGAGGAGGAGGAACGCUUAAUCUUACAAAAGAUAGCUGAGGCGCCGAAACCCCGCUGGAAGCAACUGACUCAUCGACGUCUCCAAACAUGGCCGUCCGAUCUCGUCAACAACAAGCUGAUCGAUGCUCCCUUGCCACAGUGGUUGCAAGAGCCUGUGAUCUCGCGAAUUCUUUCCUUACCUCUUGCCGCCGAUUCUGAUUCGUCCAAUCUCUUCGCUAGCAGUCCUCACAAACGACCGAACCACGUGCUGAUAAACGAGUAUCCUUCGGGAGACGGGGCUGCCUAUCAUCCAGUUGUGUGUACUGUCAGUCUUGGAGCAAGUCUGUGUCUGAACCUAUACCAAACCAAGGAGGAUGGUGCCAUGGACCCAGAGCCUGUGGGACGCAUUCUUCAGGAGCCCAGGAGUCUUCUUAUCACCACCGACGACCUCUAUACCGAUUACCUCCACGGCAUAGCCGAUGUCGAGGAGGACGUUGAGCUAUCUGCCGAGACGAUCGUGAAUUGGGACCUUUUGCGUUCGCAGGAUGACUUUUCUGCUGGCCGAAGCGCACGCGCGACCAGGACGAGUCUGACAUACCGGGACGUCAUGCAGGUGUCGAAACUCGGGGCCAAGUUUGGCUUGUUUGGAAAGAAGUGA